AUGGGUCUGCAAAAAGAUGAGGUUACCAAGCAUCUGACAGGCCAUGUCAUAAUUAUAAACCCCUUGAACAACCAAACAGUCAUCACAGAAGUAAUCCUUCUGGGAUUUGGGGAUCAUCCCAAACUGCAGAUACUUUUCUUCCUGCUGUUUUUCGUCAUCUACAUCAUCACCAUAAUGGGGAAUCUUCUUAUUGUUGUGCUAGUUGUGACUGACAGGCAUCUUCACAUUCCCAUGUACUUCUUCCUGGGGAACUUGUCCUGUUUGGAGAUUUGUUACACCUCAACCAUCCUGCCCAGAAUGCUUGCAAGUUUCCUAACAGGGAAUAGAGCCAUUUCCUUAUCUGGAUGCUUUAUACAGUUAUAUUUGUUUGGCUUUCUGGUGACUGCAGAAACUUGUCUCCUCUCUGUAAUGUCUUAUGAUCGGUAUUUAGCUAUUUGCAAACCAUUCCAAUAUCAGUUCCUUAUGAAUAACAAGGUAUGCAUCUCUUUAGCAGCUGGUUCUUGGAUAAGUGGUUGUUUUUCAGUCUCUGUAGUGGUUGUAUGGCUGUCACAGUUAACGUACUGUGGCCUCAAUGGAAUUGACCAUUUCUACUGUGAUUUUGUACCACUGAGCAAGUUAGCCUGUGGUGACAUAUCCCUGGUUAUGCAGGUAGCCUUUUUAUUAUGUUCUGUAUUCACUUUUCCUCCAUUUCUAUUGACCAUAACAUCUUACAUUUGUAUCAUAUCAGUCAUCCUGAGAAUUCCCUCAACCACAGGGAGACGAAAGACCUUUUCUACCUGCUCCUCCCAUCUUCUUGUAGUUACCAUUUUCUAUGUCACCUUAAUGAUUGUGUAUCUCCUUCCAGAAGGCCCCUCCCUGAAAGGUUCCUCAAAAGUGUUUUCCUUUUUCUAUACUGUCAUGACGCCAAUGAUCAAUCCCCUCAUAUACAGUUUGAGGAACAAGGAGGUGAAGGAAGCCCUACGAAAAUGGGCUCAAAAAUUCUGGUAA